GAAACGGAAGAAAGGAAACAGAAGAGAGAGAGAGAGAGAGCGAGAGGGCAGUAGCGGUAUAUUUAGCUACUGGAUACUCUUACCAGUGUGCAGAGGCAGAGUGCAGAGAGAGAGAGAGAGAGAGAGAUAGUAAAGAUGAAAGCUUUGUCGAAGCCACUAUCAAGUCCGGGCAGGGCGGAGAAGUUUCCUCCGCCAUUGAUGAGAUUCUUGAGAAGUAAUGUGGGGAGCAGGAGCAGAGGAAGAUCUCGUUCCAGCCCAAUCUUUUACCUGCGCAGCAAGAAGACUAGUGUGCCUGCUGGAGUCAUUCAAGAACCAUCAUCCCCCAAGGUCACUUGCAUUGGCCAAGUCAGGGUCCGCCGCUCCGCCAAAACUAAGCCCAGAAAGACCGGAGGCGCCACCGUGAAGCGUCGCCGCCGUUGCUGGUGGCUGAAGAGAACCCUCUUCUGUGGGAAAUUUCCCUGGAGAUUCCGGUGGCGAAAGAGGCACUUUAGAGGAGGGGUAUUUUGCAAGUGGGGUUUGUGUUUGAGGUGGUGGUGUUGCAAGAAAGUUGAUGGGACAGAGGAUUCUUUCAGGGGUUAUUGUAAUGAGAAGAGUGAAAAGAGUGGUGGUGGUGAGGGGGGUAAUGAUCAUAGUGAGAGUGGUUGCAGUGACAACAAGUACGAGAAUGUUGGAGGUGCAGCUGAAGAAAGCAAGAGGGGUUGUGUGGAAGUGGAAUCGUCUUCUCCAUCAUCUCCACCCAAAAACGCAUUACUUUUGACAAGGUGCAGAUCUGCUCCAUACAGAUCUUCAUCAUUGGGGGGUAGGUUUUGGGGGUCUCCAUUAUCUGAACCUCAAAAUGAAACAGAGCAAGUAGUGCAAGAGAAUCCCAUCUCCUGUCAAAAUGUGGUGGAAGAGGAGGCAACACCAAUUAGCCUGCAGGAAAGUAGCAAAGAAUUGGAAGUGAAGAAGAAGAAGAAGAAGAAUUCAGGUGAAGAUGAUUUGAAGGGAGUUAAUGUUGCAGGAGGAUUAACAGCAGUGCAUCCAUUGCUGCUCACAAGGUGUAAAUCAGAGCCUGCAAGAACAGGAGAAAGGCUCAUCAUUAAUCCACAACCCCCCAAUCAAACAAGGUUUCACAAUUCUUCACAACACAAUUCAUAGUAAUUGUUAAUCAGCAACCAAAACAUAAUUAUUCUUGGAUAAUAUUUUGAGUA